AUAAAGAUAGAUUAGUAUUCGACUGGAGAAAACUAAUUAAAAGCAAAAAUCCAAUAUCUAAUAUAUAUUGUGAUGGAGUUGAUGCCAAAUAUAUACUUGUGAAAUCUGAUAGCAAAAAGCACAAGGCUAGAUUUGAUGAUGCCAUAGUAUUUGAGUAG